AUGGCUUCGAGCCGCUGGCUGCCAAUCGUCUCACCACGGGUUGAACGGCAGGAAGCGACAUCUGAAAUGAGAAACGAGGAGUUCGAUGUCCGCAAAGCGAGUCUGAUGAUUCUACCCUUCUGUCUGGAUUCGACAGUCGAAUGGCGGUCAGUGGACGCUCUCCUUUCCAGAACCACCGCCACCCCUUUGGAUGAUAUUCAUCGACCAAGGGUUGCAACCGUUAGCUUGAUCACUCCUGCGACUGUGCCAGCUGGUAUACGCCGCAACCCCGUUUGGAGCACUGGUCACCAGCGGUCCAAUAGUGCCUGUCAGCCGCCAUCAUGUCCGUAUAUGCACCCCACAACACCAGCGGAAAUUCAAUUUUUCGCGCCCAAUGGCAGCUCUCUGUGCCAUCCUCUCAGUGCGCAGACUCAACCACAUCUCGAACCCAGCGUGAGGAUCGUCUUUUUGCCAGUGAUGGACAAUCCUUCUGCUCGGGUCUCGUUUGCUCAGCACACUCGUGAUGGUGAUUUCUAUUAUUUCGCUCCUUCAUACGAUCACUCUCUCCUCACACCGUUACAGACUGAGACAGGCAAGGGGGAUAUCUCUUGUAGUAAUCUAUCCAUGCCCCCAACGUGCGCAUCUUGGAAAUUAAACAGCUCUCGCAAGCGAAUGGAUCAUGUGGGACACAUCAGAAUCUUCGUCCCAGAGACAUGGGCACCGGUUGUCCAACCCCCAUGUUACGAGCCGAGUCCCAUCCAUACGAUCUAUCCGCCAAUCACGCAGCACAGGGCGGUGGGAUGA